GAUGCCGGGCCCUGGAGGGGGCGAAUACAUCUACCGCCGCCGCGGAGCCCGAAGAUGGAGGAAGCUGUACCGCGCCAACGGCCACCUCUUCCAAGCCAAGCGCUUUAACAGGAGAGCGUACUGCGGCCAGUGCAGCGAGAGGAUAUGGGGCCUCACCAGGCAGGGCUACCGGUGCGUCAACUGCAAACUGCUGGUCCAUAAGGGCUGCCACGUGCUCGUCCCGCUGACCUGCCAGAGGCAUAUGGAUCCCGUCAUGCCAUCCCAGGAGCCUCCGGUAGAUGACAAGGACGACGACGUGGACCUGGCUCCCGAGGAGACCGAUGGCAUUCCUUACAUCUCCUCCUCCCGGAAACGUGACAGCAUUAAAGAUGACUCGGAGGACCUCAAGCCGGUCAUCGACGGGAUGGACGGCAUCAAGAUUUCUCAGGGGCUGGGGCUGCAGGACUUCGACCUCAUCAGGGUCAUCGGGCACGGGAGCUACGCCAAGGUCCUCCUGGUGCAGCUCAAGAAGAACGACCAGAUCUACUCCAUGAAGGUGGUGAAGAAGGAGCUGGUGCACGACGACGAGGACAUCGACUGGGAGCAGGGGACCGUCCCCCAGCACCUGUUCCCGAGCACCCCCGAGCAGCCCGGCAUGCCGUGUUCCCGAGCACCCCCGAGCAGCCCGGCAUGCCGUGCCCUGGAGAAGACACCUGGAUCCCUUGUUUGUUUCCUUGUCCGGCUGCUCGGCUGGCGUGCCCAGGGCGUGUUGAGUAGAAGUGGUGAGAGCGGCGUCUCCCUCUCGUCCCGGAUCCGAGAGAAGCUGAAACCUUUCGCCGUCGAUGUGUUUGCUCCUGGAUCCCUUCUGUUGGUUUCCUUGUCCGGCUGCUCGGCUGGCGUGCCCAGUGGUGAGAGCGGCGUCUCCCUCUCGUCCCGGAUCCGAGAGGAGAAGCUGAAACCUUUCGCCCUCGAUGUGUUUGCUGUGGGUUAUUCACAGGCAGCUGUCGUUCUACUGCGGUACCUCCCCUCCCUGUGGCAUCGUAAACAUGCUGCCCGGCCCACAAAACAAAACAACAACAAUGAGUGA